AUGUCUAUGUUACAAACGAAGAGAUCAAGAUGGAGCGAGUGGAUCCUUAGUCAAGAAUAUCAGCAGUACUACCGCCAGCGAGUAGAUUCUUCUGGCACUCCCCAAAUCCAAUGGCAGUCCGAAUAUGAGGCUGCCCAGAGCAGCCAGGUACCUCGGUCGGAAGGGAUGGACGAGAUGACCCAGCAGUUUGGGGCAGCCAGCAUACAAAGCCCGGAACAAAGUGAGGAACCGAAUUAUGUUGAAUAUGCCGUAACGGGCAGUUCCUCGUCGGGGAAGAACAGAACGUCAAGGCCGAAAUCGAAACCCUCCAAAACCUCCAGCGGUAAAGGGAAGGGACCCGCUCACGAAGAUAUCGAUGAAGUUGAUGAGCGAGAUCACCAAGGCUACGAAAGUCGCUAUUCCCAAAAUAGAUCAGCCGUUCCGCAGGCCGAACAAAUGUACUGGGACCCGAACACCCAACAGUACUAUCCAUAUACCCAAGCUGGACAAGCAGACCCUACUCCUAGCCAGUCAUACGUUGACGGCUCUGGGGACGCAGAUGACCCACAACUGCAGGCGGCCAUUGCUCAAAGUAAACAAUAUACCCGUGAUCCUUAUCGGGGUGGCGAGGCGUCGGCGGCGGCUACAUAUCCAGCUUAUGUGUACAUAGUAGCUCAAGAGGAGGAGGACGAGCCAGGACCGGUUGCACCGUCGGGCAAUCCAGAGCACAUUGUGGGCACUGGUGGUGAUGCAGAAAAGCUAGAUCCACGAUACUGUGUAGCAGUUUCUAGUGCGUUUCAACCGGGCGAGGUCUUCAAAGUAUUGUGGCCUGAACCCGCAGGAGGUGGUAGCAUUGUUGAGGAAACAGUCUAUAGAGAUCAAUACGGCGGUCCAAUCUUUGUUCACUUUCGCCGGUUUAUCGUGGUCGCAAACGACCUUGGGCACUGCACCUGCAUACCAAUUUCAACCUAUGGCAAGAAGGGCUGUAAAAAGUCUGGCGUCAAGGCAGAACAACAUGGUAUCGUCGCCGAAAGCAGUAACCGGAAUCCCACUCCCCUCUCCAACGAGCCCAGUCUUGGAUUCCCUCCCGUUCGUGUGCAUAUCUACGAGCAAGGUGAACGAAUCUCGAAAGAGUCUCGGGUCAACUACGCGAAGCUCACAACUGUUGAGCACAACGUCAAGGUGCUCUUCAUUGGUCGUGUAGUGGGCUCGGAUUGGGAGGUCGUCACUGAGGCUGUCAACACCAGUUGGGCAAAGAAGAUGCAUACGCACAAGAAGAAGCAUCGCUCUGGCAGAUAA